CCAAUGACCUUGAACUACUUUCACUGUUGUUUGAUUCGGAAAGGUGGUUCCUGUACUGUGGAACUUAUUUUGUUUUGGAUACUGAUAACAAGCUACAAGCUAUUGUUUCGAUAAUCACGACCCUGUUAUAGGUACAUGUACCAGUAUAGCCAGCAUUACAUGCUGUGUGCUAGUGCAUCCAGAAUGCUGCUUAUGUGCUGUCUAAGUCUCCUGGCUGUACAUUGUGUAUUACUCGGGACCAUAAGUGCUUUGCCUGCAGAUGCUUCAUUCUAUAAACAACAGAUGUUGAAUGGAUUUCAUCCACAACAGAAAACAGAUACCUGUGGAUACAAGUCCUGUAAUCUUGGCAAGGAUGGGAUGAUAAAUGUACAUUUAGUGCCACAUACACAUGAUGAUGUGGGCUGGCUCAAGACUGUUGACCAAUACUUUUACGGUGCUAACAACACCAUCCAGCAUGCUGGUGUGCAGUAUAUCCUUGAUUCAGUGGUUGAGGCGCUGGGAAAAGAUCCAAACAAGAGGUUUAUCUAUGUAGAGAUUGCCUUCUUCUAUAGGUGGUGGAAUGAGCAGGAUGACCCCACAAGGCACUUUGUGAAGGGAUUGGUGAACCAAGGUAGACUGGAGUUUAUCUUGGGAGGAUGGUGUAUGAAUGAUGAGGCUUCUACUCAUUAUAAUGCCAUCAUUGACCAGCACACAGAAGGGUUCCGCUUCCUGGAGACUGUAUUUGGAGACUGUGGAAGACCCAGAGUGGCAUGGCAGAUUGAUCCAUUCGGACACUCUAGAGAAAUGGCGUCUCUGUUUGCUCAGAUGGGAUUUGAUGGACUCUACUUUGCCAGACUAGACUACCAGGACAGAGCAGUGAGAGAGAAGGAUAAAAGAAUGGAAAUGGUGUGGAGAGGCAGUCCUCAAAAUCUAGGUACUGUAGCAGACCUGUUCACUGGUGCUCUAGCCAGAGGAAAUUAUGGACCACCUGGUGGCUUCUGUUGGGAUGUCCAUUGUAAUGAUAACCCUGUGCAGGAUGACAAACGGUUACAUGACUAUAAUGUUGAUGACCUUGUGAAGAAGUUCCUUGCCACCACACAGGAGCAGGCCAAACAAUACCAAACCAACCAUCUGAUGUGGACCAUGGGCUCUGACUUCCAGUUUGAAAGUGCUCACCAGUGGUACAAGAACCUGGACAAGCUCAUAACUUACGUCAAUGCUCAGCAAGCCAAUGGGAGCAAAGUGAAUGCUCUGUAUUCCACCCCAUCUUGUUAUACCUAUGCCAAGAACCUGGCUAAUGUAACCUGGACAACCAAGGAAGAUGACUUCUUCCCCUAUGCUCAUGUUGAUCAUGGGUUCUGGACAGGCUACUUCACCAGCAGAGCAGCUCUCAAAGGAUAUGUCAGGUGGACCAACAACUUUUUGCAGGGAGUGAAACAGUUGGACAUUCUGUCAAAGCUGGAUACCAUGGAUAACAGUGAAAUAAAACUAAGAACACUCAGGCAAGCAAUGGGUGUUGCUCAGCAUCAUGAUGCAGUGAGUGGUACAGAGAAGCAACAUGUUGCAUAUGACUAUGCUAUGAGACUUUCAGAGGGGAUUAGCAUGUGCCAGGAAGUGGUAAAUGAUGCAUACAAGAAAUUGCUUCCCAAGAACAACAGUGCUACUCCUCCUGUUCAGAUGUUCUGUACUCUCACCAACAUCAGCAUGUGUAAUGUCACUGAACUCCUGAAAAGGUUCACAGUCACAGUGUAUAAUCCCAUUGGACGCCCUGUGACCACCUGGUUAAGGCUCCCUGUACAGGGGUCAGCUUACACUGUGAUCGGCCCAGAUGGCAAAAAUGUACCUGCUCAGAUUGUGCCUGUCUCCAAAAGGACCAAAUCUAUUCCAGAGAGAAAGAGUCCAGCCAACUAUGAACUUGUUUUCCAUGUUAGCCCACCACCACUUGGCUUUGCCACUUACUUUGUGUCUUAUAACUCAGCUCUUGAAGUGUUCAAACAACAGCAAACACAAGAGAAAGAAAAUGUCUUUUAUCAAGAUAUGGACCUGCGGAAUGAGCACAUCUCACUGAUAUUUGACCAAACUACAGGACUGCUGAAACAGAUGACCAACCUGGACAAGCAGAUCACCAUCCCUCUCCAGCAUGAGUUUAAAUAUUACCAGAGUUUUGCUGGCAACAACAGCAAGGGGAUAUAUGAGGCUUCUGGGGCAUACAUCUUUAGACCUAAUGGCACUGAUGCUUAUCCACUGAAGACAAACAUGGUCACUAAGUUUAUGCAGGGCAUUCUAGUAAAGGAGGUUCACCAGACCUUCUCCAGCUGGACCACACUGGUGACCAGGCUGUACCAGGGGGCUAGGCACGUGGAGAUGGAGUGGACUGUGGGACCUAUACCUAUUGAUGAUAACCAAGGAAAAGAGGUAAUCAGCCAUUUUGCCACAGAUUUGAAAACAAAUGGAAUCUUUUAUACAGAUUCCAAUGGAAGGGAAAUUUUACAAAGAAAACGUAACUUCCGUCCAACAUGGAAACUAAACCAAACUGAACCUGUAUCUGGUAACUAUUACCCCAUCAACAGCAGGAUUUAUAUCAGGGAUGAGACUAAGAAUGUCCAACUUACAGUUUUGAAUGACCGCUCCCAAGGUGGGUCAAGUAUUCAAGAUGGCUGCCUAGAAAUAAUGGUGCAUCGUAGGAAUCUUCAUGAUGACAGUCUUGGCGUUGGUGAGCCUCUCAAUGAGACUGGGUCAGAUGGGAAAGGGUUGAUUGUGAGAGGUAAACAUUACUUGGUGUUAGAUGAUAUCAAGUCAUCAGGUCGCGUCCACAGAGAUUUAGCAGAACAACUCUUCAUGGCACCCCUGCCCUCCUUCUCUGACCUCAAGAUGGAUUUCCAGCAGUGGAUAAAACAAUACAAUACAAUGUGGAGUGGAUUAAAACAAAAGCUCCCAGAUAAUGUGCACCUGUUGACCCUGGAGCAGUGGUCUGGCACCACAGUUCUACUGAGGCUGGAACAUUUCUAUGAGAAGGGAGAAGAUGAUGUACUGUCAAAGCCUGCAGUGGUUUCUCUAAAGGGACUGUUUACUCCAUUUGAUGUGAGCUCAGCAGUUGAACUGAAUUUGGGUGCCAAUCAAAAGCUAGCUGACAUGAAACGACUGAAGUGGAUGUACAAGACACAGCUCAGUACUCCUGAGCAUGUGGUGACACCUAUUGGAGAUGACCUCACUGUGCAGCUGCAGCCAAUGCAGAUCAGAACAUUCCAAGUUACAUUAGCUUAAAGCUAGCUUUACCCCUUUUGCAAUCAGAAAUGUGAUUUACGCCUAUGGCUAAAAGUCCAGAUUUUUUGCAGACAUUUAUUAUCAGUUUAAAAAAAUUCUCAAAAGUUCCAGAACAUUUUGAGAAUGUUGUGAUUGUAAUCAGGCAGAUGACUCAGAAUAGAUGUAUUCAUCAUCUUUGAUAAUGCUGUAAUCACAGAAUCAUCAACUACUGAUACCAAAUGUAAUUUCUGGUCUCAUACCAGAAUUAUUUCAUUUCCUUCACAUUUAUGCAUUAUUUAUAUUUUACAUGGACAUCUAGUACAGUUGUUUUUGAGACAGCCUAUGUCUAAUAAUUGGCUAUGCUAAAUCCAAUGCUUUAUUGUGAUAAUGUAUUAAUAAUUAUCAGCACAAUCAGCUGUUGUAUCAAAGACUUUUGGUAGGAUUUUACCAACAGAUAUUCAAUGUUUUCCUAAUAUAAUAUAUUACAAAGGAUAGUCUUGAAUAUGUGGAGAUUGGAAAUAAUUAAUAUUUAAUUAAAAAUUGUGGCAGCCAAUACAGCUGAGCUUUUUAUUAUUUAUGCCAUCAUUUCUCACAAGUGUGACACUCGUUGACUUAUUGCCAAUAUUUAUAUGUUCAUGCCUCGAAGACUGUCUGGUACACGUCAUUGCAGUUGAAAUGCCAGUCUAUUUAGAAGUUUGCAUCGUUCGUUAAAAUGGCCUGCCUGAAAAUCUCCAAGUUUGAAAUGAUAGCGCAUAGUGUUAAAAUAUAUGAAUUAACAGAUAGUAUUAUAGUACAGUAAAUCAAAAUGAUGUAUGAAUUUUUUAAAAAAUAUUUUGUGGAAAAUGUGGAAAAUCAUUUAAAAAUAA